CACAGCACAGUCACUUCAGCGUCAACCGAGGCCAGGGCAGGGGGAAGGUGUGUGUGAGUGUGUGUGUGUGUGUUGGAUGUAACACGGGCUUGAAAACGACCUGCUGAAACAGAAGACAGUUGGACACCGUUUGACAUGAGCAGGGUGCCCUGACAUGGACACAGAGAUGAUUCCCAAAUUUUCGUCAAAGGAUGAGGAAGUUGAUUACUGGAAGUCACAAGCCCUCAAAUAUAAGAAAAGUUGCCAUGAUGCACAGGAGGAGUUGCAGGAGUUCCAGGAGGGGAGCCGUGAACUGGAGGCUGAGUUGGAGGCACAGCUCAGCCAGGCUGAACACCGCCUUCGAGAUCUACAAACUGAAAACGAGAGACUGAAGAACGAGGUGGCCAACCUCAAGGAGAAGCUGGAGCAGCAGUAUGCCCAGAGUUAUAAACAGAUCUCAAUGCUGGAGGAUGACCUGGGCCAGACUCGCAGCAUCAAGGAGCAGCUCCACAAAUAUGUCCGUGAGCUUGAGCAGGCUAAUGAUGACCUGGAGAGAGCCAAAAGGGCUACAAUAGUGUCUCUUGAGGACUUUGAGGGCCGUUUGAACCAGGCCAUUGAGAGAAAUGCCUUCCUAGAGAGUGAGCUGGACGAGAAGGAGUCUCUUCUUGUGUCUGUGCAGCGGCUGAAAGAUGAAGCACGAGACCUGAGACAGGAGCUGGCAGUACGGGAGCGGACUACAGAUAGGAUGUCUGCACCCAGCUCACCCACCUUAGACACCGACAAGAUAGAUUCUGCAGUACAGGCCUCUUUAUCCCUCCCAGCCACGCCAGUAGGAAAGAGCAUAGAGCACCCCUUCAUCAGCUCAAAAGCUUUGACCAAUGGCUGUGGCAGCUCAUCCCUCACUCCUUCUGCUAGAAUAUCAGCUCUUAACAUUGUUGGUGAUCUCCUGAGGAAAGUUGGGGCCUUGGAGUCCAAACUCGCGGCCUGUAGGAACUUUGCCAAAGACCAGGCAGCAAGAAAAAGUUACUCCACUGACAACAGCAAACUUAUCAACAGCAAUGCCACCAAAUUCUCUCACUCUCUACAUACCUCUUACUUCGACAAAACGACUGUUAAUGGUUUGGACCCUAGCUCCUUGACCUCCAUGGCAUCAUCCAGAGCUGUGUCUCCACCAGGCAUGCUGCCUCUGAGUGUGUGAGGCAUCCCCCAUGCCAGAGAAGACACUUUGAAAGACCAUUACAUUGUGUGCUACCAGUGUAUGUGUGUGUGAGAGCGACAGAGGGCGUUUGAAAGGAAGAGUGGUGUGUGUGUGUGUGUGUUACAGUG